GUCAAAUUAGUACCAAUUUUUCUGUAGUAGCGAAUAGGUUAUUGUAACGGUGCAAAUAAUUUCAGUUGAAUAAAAUAAUAUUAUUAUAAAUAAAUAACAAUUUUCAUACUACAUAAUAUUUACAAAUUAUACAAUUUUAGUGUCAUAAUUACGUAUUUUCAUAGGCGAAUCACUAUAAACUUACUCGUGAUAGCAAAUUUGUAAGGGUACAAAUAAAAUAAAUUGGCACAGAACCGUGUAUUUGAAGUGGCGCCAUGCACUUAUUUAUCAGAUCCUAAACUUAUUCUACACCAACAAAAACGUAAGAUUUCAAUAAACUUAUAAACAAUGGAAUCAACAAAAAAAAAGGGAAAGCCACCCCAUCCUCGGGCUAAGGCGAACCCAUUUUCUGCAUUGACUUUUGCAUGGACUUUACCAAUAUUUUGGAGUGGCCUUAAGAAAGAAUUGGAAGAAUGUGAUUUAUAUGAACCUUUAGAUGAACAUGCCUCAGGUCCUCUUGGAGAUAAGUUCGCUCGUUUGUGGGAAGAAGAGGUGGCCCGUGCGCAAGGGAAACGUACGCCCAGCCUUCUAAGAGUGAUUCUUAAAGCGUACGCAGCGCGAUGCAUGCUUUAUGGAUUCGUCCUCUGCUUUAUGGAAUGCGGUAUUCGCAUCGCGCAGCCAAUUUUCCUCGGAUGGCUUGUGGAAUACUACAGUCCUGAUCAGAAAACAGUAAAGCCAACUGAAGCUUAUCUCUACGCUGGUGCCGUUGUACUGUGUUCAGCGCUCAAUGUCUUCGUCGUACAUCCUUACAUGAUGGCUAUUCUACAUAUGGGUAUGAAGUUCAGGGUCGCUUGCUGCUCGCUCAUAUAUAGAAAGUCACUACGGCUCUCGAAGACCGCCCUGGGGGAGACGACAGUCGGUCAAGUUGUGAAUCUGCUCUCCAACGACGUGAACCGCUUCGACGUGGCCGUUAUCUUCGUGCACUAUCUCUGGAUCGGGCCCCUGGCGACUGUUAUCAUAACAUUCCUGAUGUGGUGCGAGAUUAACUGGGCGGCGGUCGUCGGCGUCGGCUUCAUGCUCGCGUUUAUACCGUUGCAAGCAUAUUUGGGCAAGCGUACGUCAGUGCUACGGCUGAAAACAGCGUUAAGAACGGACGAGCGCGUGCGACUCAUGAACGAAAUCCUCUCCGGCAUCCAGGUGAUCAAGAUGUACACGUGGGAGAAGCCGUUUGCGGAUUUAGUAGCAAAAGCCAGAAAACAAGAAAUAAAGCAGAUACGUGCAACGUCGUACAUCCGUGGUGUGCUGACUUCGUUUAUAAUGUUUACAACGAGAAUAUGUUUGUUCUGCUCGAUACUCGCGUACGUGCUGGAGAACAACGUUAUAAGCGCCAAACAGGUGUUCGUGGUCACCAGCUUCUAUAACAUACUGAGACAAACUAUGACUGUGUUCUUUCCCCAAGGUAUAGCACAAGUAGCUGAAGCUUCAAUAUCUAUAAAACGACUUCAAAGUUUCAUGUUGUACGAAGACACGAGUAAACCAGUGCCAGGUCUGGCGGACAUCAUAACGUCUGCGAAACGAAAAGGGAAAGACUCGAAGGAGAAAAAAACAGACGCUGCUCCGUUAAUCAAAGACAUUCCGGAAACUAAAGAAACAUUACCCGCCCAAGAUUUAGGUCCACUUGUAAAGAAAGAUGAAGCGAAACUAAGUGAUAAGAGUAAUGCACCACUAGAAUCGGGCGAGGAGGACGACGAAGAAUUGGCAACUCGGGUUGAAGAGGACGCGAGAGGGGUCAGACUGAAACACGCUAACGCCAAGUGGAUCGUCUCCCACGCCGAGAACACGCUGACUGACCUAUCCCUCACCGUGAAACCUGGCAAGUUAAUCGCAGUAAUAGGUCCAGUUGGCGCUGGGAAGUCUUCGUUGCUGCAUGUUUUGCUGAAAGAGCUACCACUUCAGUCCGGCAGUGUUCACAUCGGAGGCACCAUUUCGUAUGCCAGUCAGGAACCAUGGCUAUUUGCAGGCAGCGUGCGGCAGAACAUACUGUUCGGGCAGGCGAUGGACCGGCCGCGGUACAACGCCGUGGUGCGGCGCUGUGCGCUCGACCGGGACUUCUCGCUGCUGCCGCACGGGGACAAGACCGUCGUCGGCGAGCGCGGGGUCAGCCUCAGCGGAGGCCAGCGCGCACGCAUCUCGCUGGCCCGCGCGGUGUACAAGCGCGCCGACAUCUACCUGCUGGACGACCCGCUGUCGGCGGUGGACGCGCACGUGGGCCGACACCUGUUCGAGUCGUGCGUGGUGGGCUACCUGCGGAACACCACACGCGUGCUCGUCACGCACCAGUUGCAGUUCCUGAGGGACGUCGACCAGAUUAUUAUAUUGAAGAACGGCUCUAUAGCGGCCGCAGGUGACUUUGAAACACUAAGCGCAUCCGGUCUUGAUUUUGCGACGUUACUCGCGAGAGACGAACAGGACGACGACAAACCUAACGCCGACGACAAAACUAACACGGACAACGAGGAGUCGGUGCUGCAGGGCAGCUUCAGAAAGAGACAAAUGAGCAUUCACUCCGUGAGCUCGGUGGACAACCUGACGGCGACGGCGCCGCCCGAGGGCGCGCGCGAGGAGGCGGAGAUGCGCUCGGCCGGCGCCGUGUCGGGCCGCGUGUACGGCGCCUACCUGCGCGCCAGCGGACACCCGCUGCUCGUCACGCUCAUGGUGCUCGUGGCCGUGCUGGCGCAGCUGCUGGGCUCCGCCUCCGACUGGUGGACCAGCUUCUGGGUCAAUCAAGAGGAAGAUCAUCCAAGAUCAGUAAUAGAAAACUUAGAUUCGCAAAACGUGACCAACCCACUGCAGUUUACAUCCAACUUCACGAGAUCGCUUCCUGAAAAUGCAUACUUUAAAUCUGGUUUAACUAGAUAUCAGUGUAUUUAUAUUUAUACAAUUAUGGUGGUGGCGCUAGUGAUAGUCUCCCUACUCCGCUCCUUCAUGUUCUUCUCGAUGGCGAUGCGAGCGUCGACGCGCCUGCACAACAACAUGUUCUCGUCCAUCACACGGGCGCCGAUGCGGUUCUUCCACACCAAUCCGUCCGGACGGAUCCUGAACCGAUUCUCCAAGGACAUGGGGGCUGUUGAUGAAGUGUUGCCCUCUGCUUUACUUGAUGUAUUGCAGAUCGGUCUCUCGCUGAUCGGUAUUGUGGUGGUGGUGGCGGUGGUAAACUACUGGCUGCUGGUGCCGACGCUGGCCAUUGGGCUGGUUUUCUAUGGGCUGCGUAUCUUCUACAUCGCCUCAAGCCGCAGCAUCAAACGCCUCGAGGGUGUGACACGUAGUCCUGUAUUCUCUCAUCUCAACGCGUCUCUGCAAGGCAUCACGACAAUACGAGCGUUCGGUGCUCAGGAAGCUCUUAUAAGAGAGUUUGAUAACCAUCAAGACCUUCAUAGCUCUGCUUGGUAUUUAUUCAUCGCGAGUUCCCGUGCCUUUGGUUUUUGGCUGGACCUUGUGUGUGUCGUUUACAUAGCUGUAGUCACAUUAAGUUUUCUCGUGUUCGGUCAAGAGGAGUACGGUGGUAACGUGGGUCUGGCUAUCACGCAGGCGAUGGGUUUGACCGGCAUGUUCCAGUGGGGCAUGCGACAGUCCACUGAGUUAGAGAACCAGAUGACCAGCGUUGAAAGAAUACAAGAAUAUUCGCACAUCAAAUCCGAACCGCCAUUAGAGUCGGAGCCCAACAAGAAGCCGCCGCCAUCUUGGCCGGAUAUGGGUCGCUUGAGUUUCAAUCACGUGUACCUAUACUACUCGCCCGAAGAACCUCCGGUCUUAAAGGACCUCACUCUGGACAUACUGCCGAAAGAAAAAGUUGGAAUUGUCGGUCGCACUGGUGCUGGAAAAUCUUCGCUGAUAAAUGCCUUGUUUAGGUUAGCUACAAUCGAAGGUGAAAUCAUAAUAGACGGUCGUGAGACGUCCACCCUGGGUCUGCACGAGCUGCGCAGUCAGAUAUCUAUCAUUCCACAAGAGCCCGUUCUGUUCUCUGGCACCAUGCGGCAUAAUCUAGACCCCUUCGACGAGUAUCCGGAUCAAGUUCUGUGGCGGGCUCUCGAAGAGGUGGAGCUGAAGGAGGCGGUGACGGAGCUGCCGGCCGGGUUGAGCUCGCGCAUGUCGGAGGGCGGCGGGAACUUCUCGGUGGGGCAGCGCCAACUCGUGUGCCUCGCGCGCGCCAUCGUGCGCCGCAACCGCCUGCUCGUGCUGGACGAGGCCACGGCCAACGUCGACCCGCAAACGGAUGCCUUGAUUCAAACGACGAUAAGAAACAAAUUCGCGGACUGCACUGUACUUACCAUUGCUCACAGAUUACACACUGUCAUGGACUCGGAUAAGGUGCUGGUAAUGGACGCGGGUCAGAUGGUAGAAUUCGAUCACCCGCACAUGUUGCUACAGAAAGAGGGCGGAGUGCUCCGUGGAAUGGUGGACCAGACCGGCCGAGCCAUGGCCGAGACUCUCGCUAGAGUUGCACUACAAGCGUACAAAAAAAAGAACUCACUAGAACAAGAAGCAACGGAGUGAUGCUUCAUAAGUUGUAGAAAAUUAGAAUGAUUAUUUACUUAACUAAUAUUAGUAACUGCUUCGAAUUUUGAAAGAUCUAAGAUGUAUGAGAUUAUGCUUCAAAAAGUGUUUAAAAUGUCGUUUACAUAAUUUUAACCUAUGGUUAAUUAGGGGUUGACGCUAUUAUUUUAUAUUAACCAAUUGUAUAUUAAAAAUAUAUACAACUCCUAAAUCAUUAUAGGUUAUUUUUAAUAGAUCUUAUUAUUAAGAAUAGAAUAUAAAUUAAUGUUACGUGAGUUUAUAGAAACUUAUAAACGAAAUUGUUUGUGCCGUUCUAACAUUAAAUGAGACGAAUCGUAAUAAAAUUUUGAGGUUUGUAAUAUUUUGUAAUAUUCAAGAGACUAUCGAAAAUAAUGUUCCUGAUAUAAAUUAUUAAUAUGAGCUAUAAUUGAUUUUGAUUUACUUAUCAUACGCGGGGAUUAAAAUAGGUAGUAAUAAAUUAUCUAAGUUCGAAGAGAGCAUACAAGUCUAUAAACUCGAAAUAUAUUUAUUAGGGUUAAUUAAAUUUCGGGAUCCCGGAAAUAGUUGUAGUACUGGUUACACAUGAAAUUGAAAGCGUUGGUUUUCUAGCAAUUUAAUAGAAUAUAAACAAUAUCGAAGAUUAUAGCAAGUAUCUUUUUAACCGACUUAGCUGAAUUAACACUACCGAUUUCGAUCGCCGCUUUUUAUACGAAAGUACGGAUUGUGUACUUAAAUGUAAGCAUGUCUAAUUAAUUUGUUACUUAUUUUCACAAUUGCGUCCCGCAAUCAUGUUAAAUUAUUAUAAUGUACUUAGAAUAAAUGAUGAUGAAAUUUUUGUGAUUUUUGGUUACCGUUGAUGAAGAUUUUGAUAAUCUGUGAGAAACUUUAAGUUAUUGUUAAAGUUUCGCAGAGUGAUUCCUAAUGUUACUUAAAAGUAAUAUGUGUGAUAUUGAUUAUAAUGUGUCCAGUGCCUGGCUACUUAUGAAACUUAUUUUUUAUGAGAAAUUGUUAGAUCAUUAUUACAACGAAAUACAAUUUUUAUAUUUGCUAA